UCCGCGUGCGCAGGCGGAAGUCCCGGAUUGAGGCGCCGCCAUUUUUGCUGCCCAGACACGGAGCGAGAGGCUGAGAGAGUCGGAGACGCUAUCCGCUUCCAUCCGUCGCGCAGACCCUGCCGGAGCCGCUGCCGCUAUGGAUGAUCGGGAGGAUCUGGUGUACCAGGCGAAGCUGGCCGAGCAGGCUGAGCGAUACGACGAAAUGGUGGAAUCGAUGAAGAAAGUAGCAGGGAUGGAUGUGGAGUUGACAGUUGAAGAAAGAAACCUCCUAUCUGUUGCAUAUAAAAAUGUGAUUGGAGCCAGAAGAGCUUCCUGGAGAAUAAUCAGCAGCAUUGAACAGAAAGAAGAAAACAAGGGAGGAGAAGACAAACUAAAAAUGAUUCGGGAAUAUCGGCAAAUGGUUGAGACUGAGCUAAAGUUAAUCUGUUGUGACAUUCUGGAUGUACUGGACAAACACCUCAUUCCAGCAGCUAACACUGGCGAGUCCAAGGUUUUCUAUUAUAAAAUGAAAGGGGACUACCACAGGUAUCUGGCUGAAUUUGCCACAGGAAAUGACAGGAAGGAGGCUGCGGAGAACAGCCUAGUGGCUUAUAAAGCUGCUAGUGAUAUUGCAAUGACAGAACUUCCACCAACGCAUCCUAUUCGCUUAGGUCUUGCUCUCAAUUUCUCCGUAUUCUACUAUGAAAUUCUUAAUUCCCCUGACCGUGCCUGCAGGUUGGCAAAAGCAGCUUUUGAUGAUGCAAUUGCAGAACUGGAUACGCUGAGUGAAGAAAGCUAUAAGGACUCUACACUUAUCAUGCAGUUGUUACGUGAUAAUCUGACACUAUGGACUUCAGACAUGCAGGGUGAUGAUUCCUAAAGGAAAAUCCAACUCUUCCUUUCCUAAAAACUCUACUUUGUGAAGAGCAGAAUAAAGAAGCGCUGCAGGAUGUGGAAGAUGAAAAUCAGUGAGACAUAAAAGCCAACAAGAGAAACCAUCUCUGACCACCCCAUUCCUUCCCAUCCCACCCCCAUUGGAAAUUCCCCCAUUGUCACUGAGAACCACCAAAUCUGACUUUUACAUUUGGUCUCAGAAUUUAGGUUCCUGCCCUGUUGGGUUUUUUUUUUUUUUUUUUUUUUUUAAACCGUUUUCAAAAGUUCUUAAAGGCAAGAGUGAAUUUCUGUGGAUUUUACUGGUCCCAGCUUUUAGGUUCUUUAAGACACUAACAGGACUGCAUAGAGGCUUUUUCAGCAUUACUGUAUUGUCUCCUGCCAGGUGGGGCAAGAUCACCAUUUGAAAUGGAAAUGAUAUUUGAAAGCUAUUAGACUUCUAGGUGACGCGAGCAUCUAAGAGAGAGGUUAAUCACACUAUGAGGCAUUGUGGUAUUUUUCCUUUUUCUAAUUGUUUAAAUUGAAUUUUAUACCAAUGUUUAAAAUUAAUUGGGUGUUAGCUUGAGGUGGUUAAAAGUUCGGAGAGUUGUAAUGGUUUUGCUGUAAAAAGUGUUUCAAACUCUGCUGAAAUGUUGCUGAAAAGCAUGGUGCUGGUAACAGUUCAACAAUCCGUGGCUGCUCAUUCUUGCCUACUUUUACUCUCCCUCUAAAGCAGGUUAGCAUUGAAGGUGGUAUGGAAAAGCCUGCAUGCGUGUUCAAUUCUUUGUUUCUUCUCCUUCCCUCUCCCCCCCUGGGCCCCCCCUUCCCUACUUCGCUCGCUCAACCUCUUUUGUUCAGUAUGUGUAACUUGAAGCUAAUUUGUACUACUGGAUAUCUGACUGGAGCCACAGAUACAGAAUCUGUAUUGUUCUUACUGAAACACAGCAUGGAAUUAACAUUAAACUUAAAUAAAACAAACCUAAAUUAAAAAUGCCAAA